ACCAGCAUUUUCACAGAGAUAAGAAACCAUCCGCUGGGUUGGGGUUAGGCUCUGAUAAAAUGAAUUUCACACGUUGUCAGCAUAUCAGCUUCGACUUCUCGGGCAAAUUCCUCCCUCCAGUUUACAUCUUGGUGUUCAUCAUCGGUGUAGCAGCUAAUGGAUGGGGAUUGAAGUCUUUGCUGCACAACUGGAAGAAACUGGGUAACGUCAACAUCUUUGUUCUCAACCUGGGACUGGCUGACUUCCUUUACCUGCUCACACUUCCAUUUUUGGUUGUGUACUACUUAAUGAAGAGUAAAUGGAUCUUUGGAGAAGUUUUCUGCAAGAUUACAAGAUUCUGCUUCAACCUGAAUUUGUAUGGCAGCAUUGGAUUCCUCACUUGUAUCAGUGUAUACAGGUACCUGGCAAUCGUCCACCCAAUGAGAGCGAUGGGGAGAAUAACAGUGAAGCUCUCAGUGUCAAUCUCAGUCUUUGUUUGGUCCACAGUGAGUGUGCUCAGUCUUCCUGACAUGUUUUACCCCAAACAUCCUGAAAACAAGACUCUAAAAUGCUAUGAUACCACAACUGACGCCCACGUGGAGGAUUACCAACAAUACAGCCUUGGAUGGACACUCAUUGGGUUUGGUAUCCCGCUCCUCGUCACUCUGGGCUGCUAUGGACAUGUGAUAGUCACUCUCUGUCGAACAAACACCAUUGACAAGGUCCUGAAACAGAGAAGUUUGAUGUUGUUGUUCAUCUUGAUUCUUCUUUUCUCUGUUUGUUACAUUCCCUAUCACGUACUGAAGAACCUCAACCUUUUGGCGAGAGUUCUGACUAAAGAGGGGACGUGUCGAGGAUGGUUCAAUGGAGUCUACAUCGCUCGUCAGAUAAGUCGUGGUCUCGUGUCUCUCAACAGUGCUCUAAAUCCUCUGGUUUACCUUAACGGACAUGAGGACAUCAGUGCUCAGCUCAGACGACUUUUCCAGCGAGUUCGUCAGAUGUUCAGCCGUGUGUCUUCAACAAACUUCAGCAGUGUUCCAGUGACACAAACCACACAUGACAUUUAAAUCAAACAAGUUAGUAAUUCUGUUGAAAUAUUUCUGUAAAAAUCAAGGUUUCUGUAAAGGUUGUAGAUUUAGUUUCUAAAGUAUAACUGUGACCAGGCAGCUAUUCAUCACAAUUUCUUUUGGUGUAAGUGAUCACAUGUUGAUGAAAUAUGAUCAUUAUAUUGCAUCAUCUGCUUCUUACAACUUUGUCUUGUCAGUCAUGUUCUUUUAUACAUGAAAUCCUCUUGAAACUUUUAAUGUUUCUGAACAGAUUCCAUAAAAAAAGAUAAAUUCUCUCAAAAAUUUUGCAAAUGUUCUUCACUUUUUUUAGAGAAAACAACUGUGUUGUGGUUAGGGGCCUCCAUGCUGUUCAUGAUUAGAAGUGUGAAAAAAACAACGCCUGUGUUUUCUAUGACUUCACUUCCUGCACUGCAACUUAAUCACAUUAACAUCGAAGGAAACCACAAAAAGAUC